GCUGCUUCUUCAUUUCCCCUUUCUUCUUCUUCUCUUUUUCUCUCUCUAUAAACUCCACCAUCCAAGAACAAAUUAAUUAAAUAAUUAAUGGAGCAGUACGGAGGAGAAGAAGAAGGAUUAAUUCCAGAAAUGAAGAACUAUUCUAGGCCGGCUGAUCAUUUCCAUUUGAUUCAUCCUCAUCCGUUGGAUAUCUACGCCGACUACCACCGACAACACUACCUAGUUUCCAACAUGUUAGCUUCUUCUUCUUCUCUCUCCAACUGCGCCGCCGCCUCCGCCGCCGCCCCAGCUCAAAACGUUGUCGGCGGCGAGGCCACCGCCAUCGCCACCGCAAGAUGGCCUCGACAAGAAACUCUAACUCUUCUAGAGAUCAGAUCCAAUCUUGAUUCUAACUUCAAGAUUUCUAAUCUUAAAGGCCCAUUGUGGGAUCAAGUCUCAAGGAUAAUGGCGAGUGAACAUGGGUAUUAUCGAAGUGGGAAGAAGUGUCGAGAGAAAUUUGAUAACUUGUACAAGUAUUAUAAGAAGACAAAGGAUGGAAAAUCCGGUAGGCAAGAUGGAAAGCAUUAUAGAUUCUUUCGACAACUCGAGUCUCUCUAUGGCGAAACUGACCAUCCUCCUCCCCUUUUGGAGACACAAUAUGAUCAACCUUUUCAAUUCCCUCAACAAAAUAUAAUCAACAAUCAAGAUUUUCAAGCCCCCAAGCAGCCCUCGGAACAUAAUCUCACCCAUAAUUCAAACUCGUCUGAUUUUGAAACAUCAUCUUAUGAUGAUGAUAAUGAAGAUGAAGAUGAUGAUGAUGAAUAUAGGAGGCAUGGUAGUAGAUUGGGGUGGAAGGCUAAGAUAGAGAGUUUUAUUGAUUUACAAAUGAAGAAGCUAAUGGAGAAGCAAGAGGAAUGGCUAGAGAAGGUGAUGAAGACCAUAGAAAGGAAGGAACAAGAGAGGUUGUUGAAGGAAGAGGAAUGGAGGAACCAAGAGGUAGCUCGGAUCGAAAAGGAACACGAGUUUUGGGCAAAGGAGAGGGCUUGGAUCGAAGCAAGGGAUGCUUCUAUAAUGGAUUCAUUCCAAAAGCUAGUACAAAGAAGAGAUCACGCGAUAUCAAUAGAAAAUGAAAAGAAUGCGAAAUUUGAUCACCAUAAUAGUUGGCCAACUUCGAGGCUCGUAAGCUCAAGGCCGGCUAGUAGGGAACCGAGGUGCGAACUAUUUACGGGCAAGGAAGAAUUUAUAUGGGAAGGAAAUGCAGCCAAUUAUAUGUCCCAUUUGGGUUAUGAAAGGAGUGGCCAAAUGUGGGAUAGCAUAAUUAGUAGCAAAGAUCCAUAUUAUAGCAAGAAACACAAAGAAAAUCCAAGAAGUGAUUUUGGUUUUAGCCAGAUGAAUGAACAAGCAAUCAACCAAGGGGAGAAUUACUCGGGCAUUUCUGAACAAAGCGAAUUUCCGAGAUGAAAUGUCAUCAUCUUCGAGAGGAUUUGGUCGAGAUUACGUACUGGUCUAAGUUUAGGUUUCUUGAAUAAUUGUUGCUUAUGGGGCUCAUGAAUUGAAGGACGAGAUUUAUAGCCACCUGAUUUCAAAUAAUGUUGAUGGUCUGACUUCAUAAUGUUCAUGUAAUAUGAGAAUUAAUCACAUGUGAUUAAAUUAAUCCUCCUUUAGAAAAGAAAAUUUUAAGUAAUUUAAAUAAAAGUCA